CCUCCUCCUGCAGCCAGUCCCUGCUAGUGUACUCUGCACUGCUCACUGCAACCUGCAUUCUGCUGCUGGGGCAUCCUAUACAGGGGCUGAGAUCUGCUAUGAUAUGAAAACAAGGCAGCACAACUCCCAUCACUGCCAGGAACAGGUCUGACACUUGGGACAGGAAGACACGCCAGUGGGUUAACUCAUCUACAGCCUGGGAUCAACUCUGUAUACCCUGGGGUAUACAUGGGGUGUUACAUGGAAUAAUAACCAGCCAUGGGAUGCAGACUACCUACCCAGGAUAGACUGUGAUUUAGGGUCCAAGUAAUUCCCCACUCCCCCCACCGCCCCCAGAAUCGUCACCAGGGGGGAACUAAUCAGCAAGAGAAGAGCAAGAAGGAACUCCAUGGACAACACCCUUAUGCUCUGUAUGACAAGAGACAAGGUCACCCCAGGACAGGGCACUAACACUAAUUAAGGACUGGCCGGGGGCUGGCUGAGAGUUGUUGCACUGGGUGGCCAGUCUGUCUCCCUGUUUGCCCAAUCUGAUGCUUGCCAACCCUUCCAUAUGAUCUGCCCCAUGGGCAGCAAUAUGUUUCUGCCCCCACCAGUCCGGAAGGGUUUCUCCAUCGAGGCCCUGGUGGGGCCAGACCGCAGCCCAGAAGAGCCACUCAGACCCACCGCUCUCAAAUACCCGGAGCCCGGACUGACCCCUGCACACUUGCGACCUGGAAUCCGGCUCCUGGGGGCCCCGGACCUGGUGUUUCCAGAACCCACCAACCCCCAGUAUGGCCAUGCCCUGGGCAUCCAACAACACCGGCUGAUACACAGGGACCCACUCAGCUUCUGUCCCUGGAUCCUGCGUCAUCCCAUGCCAGGUGGGUGAGGGUACAGGGAUGGGGAGAUCUUGAGGGGAUGGGAAUAUUAUUAACUGUUGGCGGGGCGAGACUGAGGGCAUGAGGGCAUACCUCAUGUCUAAAGUAAACUUCUUAUUACUAUAUUAUUACAGAUACAAUGUUUCAAUGACUACCUUCCCAAUGAUUCAUUUUUAACACACAAACAAUUCAAGCAAGCUGAAUACAUUUUCUUAAAAAAAAAUAAUUAAAAAGUUGAGUUUUGGAUAUUUCUUGGCUACUAACCCUGGCUACUUUGGGCAACAUUCUCACUUGGGUGUCUGCUCACCCUUUGUGAUUUUUUUUGUAGAGGAUCUGAAGUUAAUUGAUAACAGUGGUUUGGGAGCUGCCCUUAUUAAACUACAUAUGGGUAUGUGCAAUACAGCACAUGCCAACAUGUGAAUGGGUCUCAAGAGGUUUGCGUGAUUCUGCAUGCUAAGUAAUGUUCUCAGAGCAGGGAAAGACUAAAUUUUACAUUUUAUAAAAACCUAAUGCAAAAACAAAAAUAGUAUAAAUCAUUUUAGAAUUCACUGAUUUAUUUCUAUAUAACCUGCAUGUGAAAUUAACAUACAUAAUUAUACAGUAAUGAAAUAUUCUGGAGAGGUUUGUUUGAAAUAUUUCACUUACUAAAACGAGUACUAUAUUUUCUCUCUCUCUCUCUCUCUCUCUCUCUCUCUCUCUCUCUCUCUCUCUCUCUUUCUUUCUCUCUCUCUCUCUCUCUCACUUUCUCUCUUUAUAUGUUAUUAGUAGAUGGAAAGUAAGUUAGAAUAUACACUAAAUCUACACAAUUGUUGUAGCUUUCAUUGUGCCUUUAAAAUAAUCCAGUUUAUACACUUUGAAUUAUUUAUAUAUAUAUUUAAUAUUUAUUUUAUUUUUUUCCUACCAUUCUACCAAUUUCCACAUCCACUCAUAUUUUUAUGUAUUAUUUGUAGUGCAGGUUAUAUUAUUUGCUCUUGUUAAAUAAAUGAAUUUAGAGUGCACAUAAUAAUGACUGUUUAAAAUAUUCAAUUUUCAUGUAUAAUGCAACUCAUGAAUAUUUAAAUAAUUGGGGAAAAUACUGUUUAUUUGUUAUUUUUGUAAUCACCCUAGAAGUAUGAAAAACACACAUGAAACAUGUUUGUUAAUAUUAAUAUCAGAGUUUAUCUUUCCCUAUAUUACUAUUGUCUUAUUUAUUUCGUUUUUAUUCUGAAUAAUUAAACCGUAGUUUGUAAAUAUAUUAACAUUAUAAUUUCAGUACAAAAUAUGUAAACUACUAUAUGAUAAUGGAUGGAACAUUUAAUUUAUUUAUUUUACUAUAAAUAUGUAUAUAUGGUGGAAUAAAGUCAUUAACAAAAAAGAAAGAAAGAAAGAAAGAAAGAAAGAAAGAAAAGAGUAAAGUGUGGCUACUUCCUAAAAUUCUGUAACCCAGUACCACCCCAGUUAAUUUUAGGAAACACAAGCACAAAAAGACAUGUAUAAUGGUUAAUUGUAUCACAGUCUGUUUAGGUAAAGCUUUAUUGAAAAUUGCACAUUACAAAUUUAAACACAUGUUCACACACAUUUAGUAUCUCAAUUUCUUUUCAUUUCUAAUUCCCCAUUUCCAAUUAAAAAUAAAGCGUAUAGUGAAUUUCAGCCCCUGAUAAAGGAUUUGUAAGCAUAAUUAAGCCUUUAUGAGCUAAAACAAAUCUAAAAUUUGUGAUAUUAUUGUCAUUAUUAUUAUUAUAGUUAUAUAUAUCUUGAUAUCUAUACAAUUUCUUUAUAAUAUUAUAUUCAUAAUUAUCUCAAUAUUUAUCUAAUUUCAUUCUCUGAUCAUUUGUAAUGUUUAAUUUAAAAAAAAUCAAGCUUUUUUUUUUUUAAAUCUAUUUUGCUUACACAUAUCUUUUUUUAUAUCCCAAUAUAUUAAAUAAAACAAUGAUUCUUAGGGUUAAAAUAAUUUAUUUUAUUGUAAUUUUUCUCUUUUAUUCUGGGCAAAUAAUCCUAAAAAAAAGUUUGCAAAAAGCAUUAGGACUCAUUCAUAAAUAAAUAUAGUGCAGUAAUGGUACUAAAAAUGAUUGAAAGGGGUAACAAAAAGUGCACUAACAGGACUUGAAUAAUAAAUUGUUUACAUUUUUAGAUUUUCUAUCACUGUUUAAUCAAACAGCCUUGUUGUCCUGAACUCAUCAUGGGUAAAUAUUGCAAUUUAUAUAUAAUAAUGACAAUAGUAUUAAUGGAUAUUUUAAAUAGAAUUAUUUGCAGGAAGGGUACAUUUAUUGUUCACUAGUCUCAAAUUAUAUUGUCUGUGCUUUGAUGGUUUUAUAAUUUAAGUGAUUUCAGUAGUAUUGUCUCCAAUCUGCUAUAAACAAAGAACAAAUCCCAUACAUGGGUAUAGGUAUUGAGAUAUUUAAUAACAUCAAAUAAAAAAUCGAUCAGAAAUUAUUAGCCUGACUACAAAAUAUGAGCUAUAAUACCCAACUGUACCUACAGCGUUCUUAGAGAAUAUUUCCAGAUACUUUUUAGGUUAAAACUUGCAAUCUCUUUUUUCAAUUUACUUAAUAAAUAGUGCAUAUCCCACUAUUCGGAAUCCCCGAUACAUACACGCAGACAUAACCCAACUGUUUUCCAGAAACAGCAUGACAUUCCCAGGAGAUGGGUCCCCAAAAUCGACAAGAUGUGUAUUUCCCCUCCAGUAGCCUGCUGACAUCAAGGUCAAACCCACCUACGAGUUUGUUACUUUUGUAUUUGACAUUCUAAGCCUUAUAGGGCUUCUGUAUUGCAAAUUAUUUGUAUUUGCAAAUAUUGAUUCUCGACACCUAUUCACUCUUGUCCUUCUAUUGUACAAGACAAUGAUUUAAUAUACUAUUACUGCUCAAAAACCUACAAAUAAAGAAUUAUUAAAAAUAAAUAAAUAGUGCCUAUUUAAUAAUGAAAUUAGCUAACAUGUCUCAUUUUUCACUUACAUUUUAUCAAUAAAAGCCAUUUGGUCUUAAAAGUACAAUCGUAUCCCAUAGAGCUACAAUAUAUUUCUACCCCUCAUAAAUAUUUUAUAAUAUAUAAGAUACAUAUCCCCUUAAAUUGGCAGAAUGGGUCCAUGAAUCAUCCGCUCUUUAAAAAAAAUGGCCGCCCCAAGGCGAUCUUGCACGUAGACAAUUUUUGUAACUUUAUUUGAGCAGCCUACUUUGUUAUUCUUUGUAUGAUUGUUUAGAUACCUGUAAUGCAUACUCAUCAAUCCGCCAUUUUAAAUUAUACCUGUGAGUGUAUUAUAUUGCAUAGCGCGCAAUUGCUUUUCUUUCUUCAUAAAUUAUCCUAAACCGUAAUCUCCCUGAUCUUUGAUUAUUGCCCUUCACAUACAAGCCUGGAAGACACAAUAAUAAUAAUGUUUUCAUAAGCGUAGGCUUUAGACCAACUCAAUUUCUCAGUCUAAAUAAGUGGGCCAUAAAUAGCAUUCUAUUGAGGAUUGAUGUAUUGUAAUCACAAAAUACCAUGCACAACAGCAGCACUCAAAUAUUUUGUGUGGUGGGGAAAUGUGCCAAAUUUCUCAAUCUGCCAUACUGUGUGUGAUUCCAUGUUAUUGAGAGCAGAUGACAUUUGUUUAUCACAAUGGAGCUCAUUUAAAACAUUAUUUUAAUGCCCUGUUACUGGCUUUUGUGGAGGGCUGGGGUGGGGGGUUUAUGUCAAAAGUAUGAUUACCUUGCAAUAUACUAUUUACGAUAAUAACAAAAUGGGUUUAAGGAGAACAAAUAGCAGUAUUAUGUAAACUACAAAGAAGGAGUUUGAAAAUAUCUUCAUAAAGAAUAAUCAAAAUGUAUAAUCAGAAAGUUAUUUUAUACAGUUUUAGUCAUUUAAUUUUAAGCAAUAUCAAAGGACUUAGUGGUCAUACUAGCGAUAAAUAUUAAAAUCACCCCAGUUUCAAAAAUAUUUAGUUAGGGCUAAUAAUUGAAUUAUUCCAUGCCUUGUAAUAAGUGAAUGGUCUAUAAUGGGGUAGGCAACCUUAGGCACUUCAGAUGAUUUGGACCACAUAUCCCAUAAUGCUCUUACAGCCCUGGUAAAGGAUAUAUCAUGCUCACAGAAUCAAUAUUUUUUCUGAGGGGUAUAUUCCUUUAACUCCAAAAUGUAACUAUGAAAUGUGAACAGAACAACAUACUCAAAAAUAGCUGUUUUGGUUAAAUUCUCCAACUCUGCUCUAGUCAAAGCUUGUAAAUAUUAGCUUCAGUUUUGUCAUUCGGACUUCUAUUCGCUACAUUCUAAUUUUAGUGAAGAGCCCUGUAAGUUGCGAGGGCAAUAAUUUAUAUCAGUAAGCAGUGAAUUUCGGUGUGUGUGGACUAAAUUAUAAAAUGUAGGUUAAAAUAACUGACUUGGAAACAAAUAUCAAGUUGAUGAAUUGAAGUUUAGCCUCCAUUUUGAAUGUCAGCUAUGAACUCACCUUAAUUAAUCCAUGAUCUGUUGACUUAAAAAAAGAUUGUCCUAGUCCUGUAUUUUUCCCGUUGCGUUUUAGGAGGCAAGAAUCUUAAAGGAAUACAAGUUUUAAAACUGUAAUCCUUUUAAGGCAGCAUAAUCGUAUUUCUGUUUUACGCUACACAAUAUAUACAUGUACAUUUAGGUGAAAGAUCAUUUUUUAUGUUAAGAUAAAUCCCAGGACCUAGUUGCUAAUUAAAGGGUCUCUGUCAUUACCAUGUAGUGAAUUCAAACUCUAAAUGCAUUAUAUACUUAGAGAACAUCUGAGUUUCGUCUUCCAUUUUGUGUAAUCUUUACUGGAGUGGUUUCUUGGUGAAGAACACCAAUCUUUUGUGUUUAUUGGUGUUAAAUAGUCUUGGCUAAUAACUUUAUUUACUACUGUCUUUUAUGUUUACAUCAAGAAUAGAUAAAAUUGUUCACAAAUAAAAACUUCUUGUUAAUGAUGACAAGUAAAUCAAAUUAUAUUAUUUAUGUACACAGUUACAUGAAUGUACACAGUGUAUUUCAUUAUACCAGAAAUUGUCAGGAACUGACUACGUAAUUACACAUUCUAGAUCAUAUAUGAAAAAAAAACAAAACAUUUUUUCCUGAUUGUCUAUUUUGGAACACCUCUGUUAAUUCCCAUUUUAUUGAAUAACCCUGACAGGGAACAAUAUCCGUUACCGCUGUGUGAGUGAGUGGUUGUUUACGUGGAUGCACAUAAUGAUAUAUUGUAGCAAAACUCGAUUAAACCUUAUUUCAAACCGCUAAAUACAUUUUAAUAUGCAAUAGCGUUACAGGGUUAUUCAGUAAAGUGUGAGUUCAAAGUGAAUUCUAAGUUAUUUUAACUUUAUUGAAUAACCCUAUAAGAGUUUUAUUUUCUAGUAAGUACAAUUCCACAAUCACUGCUAUUGUUAUUAUAUGCCUAACCGUGCAGUAAGAAAUUAUAUAUGCAGUGUUUAAUUAACAUAUUGACUCUCAUCCCUCCCCAUUCACGACCCAACAAAUAUAUAUAUUAUAAGUGGUAAAUAUAGCUCAAGUGGCAAGGGAUUACCUAGUUUGACUUAAUUAACUAGUUUACAUAAACAUAAGUGUUUAGUCUGCUGCUUAAUGCAUUAGAAAUAUUUUUCUAUACAUUUGUUUUCAGCUACUUUUUUUUGCCUAAAAUUAAAAAUAUACUUUCCAUUCACUUUGAAUUCCCUACAAUAUACACUUUAGUGAAUUACUCCCUAUAUGUAAAAUGAGAAUACAAUAUUUCAUAACAACAUAUGUAUCAAGAUGAACUUUAAUUUUUAGGCCAAUAUAUAUAGCCAAAGUGAAAAUAUUUUCAAAUAUUUUUAAAUUUGAAAUUCACAUUGAAUUCUUGACUAUUCACACUUUAUUGAAUACAUCUGACAGGUGCUAAAAAAGAACGACAGGUAUUAAUUUUGUUUUGUCAUUCAACUUUUGUUUGCCUAAUGAUUGCAGCAUAGUGUAGAAACCUAGUAAAUGAAAAUAGUAAUUAUAAAUUAGAGAAAAAUUCAAGGGUGGUUUUCAAACCAACUGAUCAGACAAAUGAUAAAUGAUGCGUUAUUACAGUAAUUAUUUGAUUUGACUGUAUGCUGCUUAUUAUUCUGUAAUAAUAAGCAACAUUCAAACAAAUCUAAUAAUAAUUAAUUAGUUUGUCCACUAAGCACUUGGGAUAAUUUUGCAAUUUACUUAUAUUCUCAGUUUGACUGUUUGGCAUAAUUUUGUAAAUUUGUCCAUAAAUCCUCACAUUUUCUCCUCAUAAAAUGUGACAGGUCAACACACGGAUGCACACAUUAGGAAACAUUACCCAGUUAGUGAUCCUAUUGCAAACCCAUUGCUACCACGAUGUAUAUUGGUUUUAUUUAAGCCUAAGGUGACUUAGACUUGGGUCAUUGGCAACAGGCAUGCCCUGUACCAUAAUAACUGUACAUCUCACCCGAUUCAGAAACGGCUGCUUAUAACAGAAUAAGACACCAAACGAUUGAUCCACGGCACCACCAAAAACCUCGAUAUAUCCCUCUCCCAUUGUAGAGUACUAAGGGUGAGCCAAAUUUAGGAUCCUCAAUUGCCACCACACACCUCAUGUUUAGCACACCUGUCGAGACCAUAAUAUUAAGCUGUUAAUCCAAAAGAAAUUAAAAAAAAUGAUACCUUAUAUAUGAUGACCAAAACCACUCUACCGUUUCAUAUACCAAGUUAAUUUUGUUAGUAUUAUACUUGCUUUAUCUUAUGGGAUCCACUGUUACUGUAUUAGUUUUACUUUACUGUAUCACGGCUCGUGCUCAAGUUCGGUUAUACUCUUUUGUCAUUUUGCCUUGUCAAUCAAAAAUAAAGAAUUAAAAAAAAAUGUGACAGGUCAGUGACAAUACGGUGAUGUAUUUGAUCACAUAUUAGCAGCCAUGUGACAUAAACAAAUGUAGUCAAAUUUAGGAGUCCAAUAAUUUGCUAUAUUGAAGAUUCUUUUUCAACUUAUGUAUUUUACCCUAAGUUUGCCAGUUGAUUUCCAACUCACAACAGUCAUUCAUUAGCAACAGUUCUUGGACAACACUACACAGGAUUAUUUACUAAAGUGAUUUAAAGUUAGCUCAAAGAGAAUUUCACAUUUAAGGAAAAAGUAACGGAACUGGAAGAUUAGCUGAAAUAAUCCGGAAAAAAAGUGCGCUUAAAAAUAUCUGGUGUAGACUAUCCCAUCCAGCCACAUGUGCACACACAUAUAUGUGUGUGUGUAUGUGUGUGUGUGUAUGUAUAUGUAUAUAUAUAUAUGUAUAUAUAUAUAUAUAUAUAUAUAUAUAUAUAUAUAUACCAAUAUUUGUAGAAAGAUGGUCUUUUAUAAAAUCAAAGAAACUUUUAUUGUAAAUCCAUUAAAAAAGAUUUACGCUUCAGUCCCUCUAGAGGACUUUCAUCAAGAUCAAAGAUAGAGGGACUGAAACGUCAAUAUUUUUAAAAAUAAGUUACAAUAAAAGUUUCUUUAAAUUUAUAAAAGACCGAGAGUGCAGCCAUCUAUCUACAAGUAUUGGAUAUUAAGAGACCUGCGAUAUUGCACCUGGCUAUAAAUGACUAUAAAACCUUGGUUGUAACGAUCCACCGCAACAUUUAUAUACAUGUACCAUAUGUAUAUUUGGAUCCGAUAGUCGGCAAUAGAUAUUUUUUAUGUUAUAGUCACAGAUUUUAUUUCAAGAAGCAUUAUUGAUUAUUAACCCCUUAACGACUGCUGACGGUUCAGGGCCGUCAUUGGAAAAAUCCCCUUGAGGACCGGUGACGGUCCUGAACCGACAUGUACUUACCUGAUCACCGUCGUUCCCCCGGCACGAUCUGUGUUGCUCCCGGUGUGGAGAGACUGCUUGACAGUCCAGGCAGUCUCCCCUCAGCGAAUUAGGAUCCCGCGGCAUGUGAUCGCUCUAACAGAGCGGUCACAUGGCCGCAGUAGGUGUCCAAGUAUCUGCCUGCAGGGGGACUGCCUGUGCUGACAGGCAGUCUCCCUGCAUGUGUAAAAAAAUAAAUAAAUAAUGUUAAUAAAUAAAAAUAUAAUUAAAUAUGUGUGUGUAUAUAUGUCUAUAUAUCUUUUAUAUAUAAUGUCAUACUAAGUGUAUUUUUAUAUAUGUAUUUUUAUAUUAAUAUAUAGAUAGAAACAUAGAAUGUGACGGCAGAUAAGAACCAUUCGGCCCAUCUAGUCUGCCCAAUUUUCUAAAUACUUUCAUUAGUCCCUAGCCUUAUCUUAUAGUUAGGAUAGCCUUCUGCCUAUCCCACGCAUGCUUAAAAUCCUUUACUGUGUUAACCUCUACUACUUCAGCUGGAAGGCUAUUCCAUGCAUCCACUACCCUCUCAGUAAAGUAAUACUUCCUGAUAUUAUUUUUAAACCUCUGUCCCUCUAAUUUAAGACUAUGUCCUCUUGUUGUGGUAGUUUUUUUUCUUUUAAAUAUAGUCUCCUCCUUUACUGUGUUGAUUCCCUUUAUAUAUUUAAAUGUUUCUAUCAUAUCCCCCCUGUCUCGUCUUUCCUCCAAGCUAUACAUGUUAAGAUCCUUUAACCUUUCCUGGUAAGUUUUAUCCCGCAAUCCAUGAACCAGUUUAGUAGCCCUUCUCUGAACCCUCUCUAAGGUAUCAAUAUCCUUCUGAAGAUACGGUCUCCAGUACUGUGUACAAUACUCCAAGUGAGGUCUCACCAGUGUUCUGUACAAUGGCAUGAGCACUUCCCUCUUUCUACUGCUAAUACCUCUCCCUAUACAACCAAGCAUUCUGCUAGCAUUUCCUGCUGCUCUAUUACAUUGUCUGCCUACCUUUAAGUCAUCAGAAAUAAUCACCCCUAAAUCCCUUUCCUCAGAUGUUGAGGUUAGGACCAUCAAAUAUUCUGUACUCUGCCCUUGGGUUUUUACGUCCAAGAUGCAUUAUCUUGCACUUAUCCACAUUAAAUGUCAGUUGCCACAAUUCUGACCAUUUUCUAGUUUACCUAAAUCUAUAUUUAUUAAAAUAAAAAUACACUUAUAAUUAAAUUACACACGUGUGUAUAUAUAUAUAUAUAUAUAUAAUAUAUAUUAUAACUAUAUAUAUUAUAUAUAUAUUAUUAUAAAUACAAAUAAUAAGUAAAUUAAAAUAAAUUUAAAAAACUAAAAUAAUUUACAUUUUUAAAUUUUUAUAUAUAUAUAUAUAUAUAUGUGAAAUUUUUUUCUAACUGUAUUUUGAUAUUAAUAUAUAUUUAUAUCCAUUUCUUGACACUAUAGUGAUCCUUUAAGUAAGGCUGCUUUUUUUCAGUGUUGCUAUAACAUACAUGUUUGGCAGUAAAAUAUUUCUAAAAGAUUCUUCCAAGUACUAUAGUGGUUAUAGUGCAAAGACUUUAUAUCAGAGAUAUAGAUAGUUAUUCAUUAAUAUAUUUAUAUCCAUAUACAAAAUUACAUAAAUAAUUUCAUAAAUAUACUCAUAGACUUCAAAUAUAUAAAUAUAUAUUUAAAUUCUAUGUGUGUAUUUAUGUAAUAUUUUUACGUAGUUAGGAAUUUUAUUGAUUGCAAUUUGAGUCCUGAGAAUUUAAUUACCUAGCACUGUAUUUAACCCGGUAACUUUCUAUGACACCCUAAAACCUGUACAUAGGGGGGUACUGUUUUAUUCAGGGGAUUCGCUGAACACAAAUAUUAGUGUUUCAAAACUGUAAAACCUAUCACAGCGAUGAUGUUGUCAGUGAAAGUGAUGUCUUUUGCAUUUUUCACACACAAACAGCAUUUUCACUGAUGAUAAAAUUGUUGUGAUACGUUUUACUGUUUUGGAACACUAAUAUUUGUAUUCAGCAAAGUCUCCCAAGUAUAACAGUACCCCCCAUGUACAGGUUUUAUAGUGUUUUUGAAAGUUACAGGGUCAAAUAUAAGGGUCAGUUUUUUUUACAUUGAAAAUUGCCAGGUUGGUAAUGUUGCCUUUGAAAGCAUAUGGUAGCCCAAGAAUGAGAAUUACCCCUAUGAUGGCAUAGCAUUUGCAAAAAAAGACAACCCAAGGUAUUGCAAAUAGGGUAUGUUCAUUCUUUUUUAGUAGCCACUUAGUCAAAAACACUGGCCAAAGUUAGCGUUCAUAAUUGUUUUUUGCAUUUUUUAACACACAAACAAAUAUAAAUGCUAACUUUGGCCAGUAUUUGUGACUAAGUGGCUACUAAAAAGUCUGGACAUACCAUGGGUUGUCUACUUUGAAAAAAAUAUAUGUACAUGUGAGGUGUGAUUUAGAGAUUUAUGACAGAUAACAGUUUUACGUCACUUUUGAUACAUUUUAAAAUGUAUAAUUUGAAACAGCAAUUUUCUAUUUGUUCUUAUAGCCCUAAAACUUGCAAAAAUGGCAAAAAAAGCACGUAAACACUGGGUGUUUUUAAACUCAGGACAACAUUUUGAAUCUAUUUAGCAUUUUUUUUCCAUUAGCUUUUGUAGAUAUGUAAAAAAAAUUUCAAGUAAAAGUCAAAAAACAUGUUUUGUUUUCAAUUUUUCACCAUAUUUUAUUAUUUUGUAAAAAAGUAAUUAUAUGACAUGAUACAAAUAAUGGUAUGUAAUGGUAUGUAAAGAAAGCCCUUCUUGUCCUGAAAAAAACCCCAAUAUAUAAUUUGUAUGGGAACAGUAAAUGAGAGAGAGGAGAAUUACAGCUAAACACAAACACCACAAAAGCUCUGGUCCUUAAUGUACAACAUGGCUAAAACAGGGGUUAAGUAUAAUUUUAAGAGCAACACUUUUUCCUGGAUUUCUUUUUUCCAUUGUGAGUUACUAUGGGAGUGAUUACUGCUGGAUUUUGUACACUAAUAUUUUUGGGUCAUAUAUAAACAGUUUUGUUAGUAUCUUAAGUGCUAUCCACAUUUUUGUUGUUUAAUUUUGGAAGAUUAGCUGACUAAUUAGUGGAAAAUUAGCAAAUUUUUACAGUUCACCUACUUUUUCCUUACUUUUAAAAUUCACUUUGAACAAACAAAAAUCUGUUUACUUGGAGCUACGCUUGUUAAUAAAAAAAAGAAACGCAAAUAAAUUAAAGACUAUUACAACCCGAUGUAUGCCGGUCAAUGGAAAAAAAAUCAACUGCCGUAACAUGGUCUUCUAAUGAAUAGAAAUCACAAUGAAAAUAUUGUGAUAAUUUAUUUUAUAAUACAAUGUAUUGAUAAUACGGUAUAACUUUUAAUAUCUGUAGCCGUGAUUCCACACGUAUCACUAAAUUGCAAUGAAUGAAAAUCCAAAUGGCAACAUAUAAUUCACGAACACAGCUGCAGGCACAGCUUGGCUUUUUUUCGUUUAAAUUUUACCAUUCGUAUUUUCAUUCACUGUCAUUUUCAGUUUAGUGAAUAACCCUGCAAAUGUUUGUAGCCCCUUCUGGCAAAACAAAUGUUAAUAGCUAUCCAGAUGAGUCAGGCAGUAAAUACUAUGUUGGUUUUUUUUACUCUUAGUUUAAUGAGUAUCCAUGACGCCCUCUGCCUCAGGAUUUUUUUUGCUGCUAGUUCGUAGGAUUUUUUUUGUUUUGACUUGGACAUAAGUUGCUUUAUUUAAAGUAAUACUAUGGAAAUGCCGACCAGCGUUAUGUGCAGUAUAUGACAGAACAAAACAAAACAAAGAACUUAAAUUUGUAAAUGAUUUCUCCGGCAUGAAGGAGGACACUAAUAGGACUUCAGAAUAAGUUCUUUAUUUUAGUCAUCAAUGAUAGAAAGGCCCAGCACUCCUCUUCUUUUUUGGUGAUCUGAUGAGCUGGAGUUUUUUUACUAUUCAAUGUUUGGUACUGGUGAAACUAAGGUUAACCUCGCUUUUGGAAAACCAGGCCUGAUUGGCAAGGGCUGUGUUUUGCUUGUGCUGGCUCUGCCCCUGAUCUGCCUACUUGACAGUCUCAGCCAAUCCAAUGCUUUUAAAUGUGAAAGCAUAAUAAUUGGCUGAAAUCACCACUUCUGAUGAUGUCACACAAUCAGGUAGAUCAGGGGCAGAGCCACCAGUAGCAGACUGAAAUAAAGGUAGACUAUACUACAUUUAAGGGUGUAAGCAGGAGGGGGGGAGCGAAAGGAGGGAAGGGGAGUGGGGAUUUUAACACUAUGGGGUCAGGAAUACGUUUGUGUCCCUGAACCUAUAGUGUUCCUUUAAGGGAAAAUUCUGCUUUAAGUCUCUAAGUACACUUGACAUUGGAUAAAUUCUAGAGCCAGAGUUUGACUCCAAGGCAAUAAAGACUGGGAGACAGGGGGGGUUAUGCCCUAAACUUUGAUUUAAAAAGAACAACUUUCUUAUUUUUUGUAAAGGAAAAAAUAAAUUGCCAAAUUUAGACUAAAACAGUCAAGCUGUAACUAAAAUGUUUUUGGAGAAUUUUCCUAAAAAUGUAAUUUUAUGAAAAUCAUCCAUUUAUUAACUGCAGUGAAAGUGGCACUAUCAUGUUAUACUUUUUAAUCUAUUUUUAACUAAAAGGUGACGGCGCCCGCAGACAGGUAAAUGGAACUCACCUUUCACUGCCCCCGGGCAACCGGACCCCCAAGGGUGAUAUCGGGAUCCAGCACACUCACUCAUUCACAAUUUCAAAGCGCACAUAAUUUAAUAGUUUUUAAAAUUGUUCUUAAUUCUUUUUUUUUCUUUCUUGUUUUUAUGCCAAUUUGGGCAGUGGAGUGUUCCUUUAAAUAGGACCCUGAAAUGAGGUACCAGUGGCAGGGAGGGGUGCUAUACUGGGAGUUAACCUAGACUCCCAAAUAUAUAUAACUAAACACCCAUUAAAAUACAUAACAGGAAAAUCUAUUUUUUUUUUCUGUCACAUUUACAUUCAUAUUUCAUUGUCUUUUAAAAUAUUGACAUUACAACCGUAGUCAGUCUCAUCCACUAACAUUUAUCUAAAAUUAUCCAUUCAAUGUAAAAGAGAUGUCUACUGAAGUUGUUUUGAGCAAUAAUGAUUUGUAAUCUUUGAGAAUUCAUUUUAUUAAUCAAUGUAUGCAAAAUUAAAAUCAUGUGUAAUUAUGUAUUCAUGUUAAAGGGACACUGUAGUCACCCAGACCACUUCAGCUCAAUGAAGUGGUCUGGGUGCCAGGUCCCCCAGGUUUUAACCCUUCAGAUGUAAACAUAGCAAUUUCAGAAAAACUGCUAUGUUUACAUAGCAGGGUUAAUCCAACCUCUAGUGGCUGUCUUCCCUACAGCCGUUAGAGGCGGUUCUGCGAUGAAAAUCGCAUCCAGUGUGCAGAAUGUCUAUAGCAAAACAUUGAGAAAUGCUUUUCUAUGGACUGUUUGAAUGCGUGCGCGGCUGUUGCUGCGCAUGCGCAUUCCGCUCCACUCGGGAGCUGACGUCGGCGGGGGAGGAGAGGUCACCAGCGCCAAGGGAUUAAGGUAAGUAACUGAAGGGUUUUUAACCUAUUCAGCGCCAAGGGAGGGGGACCCUGAGGGUGGGGGGUCCUAAGGAUGAUAUAGUGUCAGGAAAACAAGUUUAUUUUCUUGACACUAUAGUGAUCCUUUAAGUAAGGCUGCUUUUUUCAGUGUUUCUAUAACAUACAUGUUUGGCAGUAAAAUAUUUCUAAAAGAUUCUUCCAAGUACUGUAGUGGUUAUAGUGCAAAGACUUUAUAUCAGAGAUAUAGAUAGUUAUUCAUUAAUGUGAAAAUUCAGCAGGAAUGACAAUAUUUUCACUUGCAGGGUUAAAACUAGAAGGGCACAGCCCCCAAACCACUUCAAUUACGUAAUGUUGUCUGGGUUCCCCCGAGAAUCAAUUUCAAUGUAUUAUCUUUUUAAUGCAUUAAAAAAUGGGGUUGUUUUUACGCCAUAGUUACCCUUUAAUUUUUAAAGUGCACAAUACUAUUUGAUCUGACUGCAUAUUAUAUCACGGGACCAUGGGUGUCCACAGAUCAUUUUACCAUGGGUGUCCAUAGAUAAUUUUUUAAACUCCUUUCUGACGUUCAUGCUAUUGGAAUGGGGUACAGUUUGUUGGAGCAAUGAGAACAUCAUAGAUUUCUACUCUGUUCUCCCGUUGAAGUAAAUCCUGCAUUUUUUUUUAAAUUCCUGCUUAAAGAGACAUUUAAAUCAUAAAAAAACUAUAGCUUUUUGUAAUAGUUAUGGUGCAAUGAGUCUUUGUGUGCAGUGCCUCUGGUUUGCAAAACAUGUUAAAGCUGUUAAUUUUAUUCUAUUUUACACACAGUGCCAUAUGCAUGGUGUAUGCAUGGUUACGGCAUUUGUCUGUUAGAUGCCGCCUGAGGCAUCACAGGACUGUGAAUCUAUCUAUCCAGCACCCAGCAACUAUUGCCAUUCGAAGGGGGAGCCACAAUAAAGAGGAUGUGCUGCAGGUGGUGAGAGAGUCUCAAUUUCCAAAACCUCUUGAAAAUGUUUUGGUCCAAACUGCACGUGUGGUUAACGCAGACGGUUUGCACCAUAACCACAAAAAUGAGUAAUGGUGCCUUGUGUGCCCCUUUAAGAAGUACAAACUAACAUUUUGGAAAUCACGUAAUAUUUUAGUGUAAUUAACAGCUUAGUGAAUGAACCCCAUUACAGUCUUUCUUAUUUUAAUUAUUGUUUUGAUUCCUGUAGCUGGGAGGUAAACUUUGAAGGCUUUUAAAAUAUUUCUACCCAAUUCUGAAUUGCUAGCUAUUUGACCUUUUGAAAAUUACAGUUGUAAUACCAAAAGACAGAAUGAUUUCUAAUUUUGCCAGAGGGACCAAUAACAAGCUGCCACCAAAUAGCAAAAGCCUGUCUCCAUAAAUCCAUCACAAAAACUAAAAACACAAAAAAGUAAAUAAAUAAUGAAAAAAAUAUAGUGACAUUAAUAAACCAUAAAAUGUUGGUGCGGUUUUAAAAAUGAGCACUAGAGCUGCCUAGAUUGAAAUCAUCCUACCUUAAAUAGCUAGACACUUGAAGGGACCCUCCGAGCACCAUAACAAAUUCAUUGAAAUCUUUCUUAAGCCAUUUUAUGAAUGGUGAGCUACUGAUUGGCUUAGAGCGUCAGCGGACCACUCUAAGCCAAUCAGAGAUGCUCCUGCCCUCAGCAGUCCAAGCCUUCCAUUUUGAAGAUUUUCAGAAAGCAGAUUUUUUUUUUAGGGGCAGAGCAAAAUUGCGCUGUUGAGUAGCUUUUGGGAUUAAACUAAUAAUGAACAAUUUAACCCCUAAAAUUAAACCAGCGCCAGAAACCUCCUGGUACCAUAACCACUUGAUUUUUAUGAAGUUGUUAUAGUGACCGGAGCGUUCCUUUAAAAAGUGUUUGAAAAACGUACUAUGUAUGAAUACACCGCCCAACAUUUAAAAUGGACAAAGAGGCACACUUUAAUUUUAAGAAGAUGAGUGUAGGUGUGGCCAGGAGUGGGGCUGUCCUGAGAAAUUUUGGGUGAUUUAGUAAUAAUGAUUUAUGCAAAUAAAUUGUAAUUUAACACGAGAAUAAUCCUAUUUACAGAUUUACAUAGACUGAUGUCUAAACGAAUAUAUUGUAGUUUAAAGAUACAAUACCGUAAAUAUUAUUACUAUGAAACUUGGUUAUACACUCAUUAGGAAAGAAAAAGGGGACAGAAGAAUUUUGGACCAAAAUAGAGACUGUCCCUCCUGAACAGGGACCAUUUGAAGUUAUGUAUAAAACAGACUUAUGAGGCCUAUGGGAACUGGCAGCACUCUUUGUUGCUAAAGAUAGUUACUUUAUCAGCUUUAUUUUUAUUACACUAGUAUUUUGCAUCAUCGGAUGAUUAUUAAUACAUUUUGAAAACAGAAGAAAUAAUUAAUGAAAUUCAUUUGAACCAGGAUCCUAUUUAAAGGAACACUAUCGCGUUAGGAAUACAAAACUGUAUUCCUAAUGCUAUAGUGUCCCUCUUUCUCUGCUGCUUCCCCCCUUCCACCCGCCUUGCUGUUGACAAAAACCUUUUUUACACUUACCUGUUUCAUCUCCUCCUCCAGCAACGUCACCCUAUUGGGGGAUCCUAAUGCACCUGAUUCCCCAUAGGAUCCUAAUGCACCUGCUUCCCCAUAAGAUUAUAUUUUAUUAUUAAUACUAUCCUUAUUACCAGCAUUCAUAUAUUGCUCAUAUAUUUGCAGCCCUUUACAAUUACAUUAUAUAUUUAUUUAGAAAUUGAACGCCAAAAAUAAUGUUGAUAGAUGCAAGAAGAAGGGACUGCUCCUUUUAGGUAAGAUUUCCUAAAGAGGUGGCUUUUAAGUGACUUCUUAAAGGACUGGAGUCUACUACAAUUUCCAAAAGGAGCUGGUAGGGCAUUCAAUAAGAGUGAGAGAAAUCCUGUAGAAAGCAACAGUGAGGGAAUAAACAGAGAACCAGCGAAAGUCAUUGGCAGACUGACAAGCUUGAGAAGGGAUGUAUUUGUUCGUUAAACAGGAAAUGUAAUGAAUGAUAAAAGGAAGUGUUGAAGGAUUUGUGAGUUAAAGUUAGUAGUAUGAAUUUAAUUCUGUAGGGUACAAAAUAAUAAAAUAAUUGUAGAGAGUUCCUGUACCAGGUAAAAGUAGAGUUUGGGGGAGAAUGGAAAGGGGAGAUAUCAUUUAAUUCUUUCAAUGAAGUGACACACAAUCUCUGGCUGUGAGGAUUGUGUGCCGGGAAGUUGCAGUCGGGAAGAGUAGGGAGUUAAAGAUGUUAAAAAGGAGUCUGGGUUUACUGUAAUUCUGUAGGUUCUUUAAAAAGAAGGUAAAUGAUCUUAUUUGGCAAAGUAGAAUGCAUAACUAUAAGAAUGUAGCAUGUACGUUACAACACUGUCACAUGAACAUUUGCAUUCACACACUUAUUUAGGAAUACAUAUAUCUAGGAUUUAGGAGUCUAUUUAUUCGUUUGGGAGAAAGGUGACUUCAAGUAAGAUUAUGCAUGUUCUAAACCUGGAUGUGGCAACUUGGCAAAAUCAAUGUUUAAUUUAUCAAUUUGCAAAUCCUCGCUGCUGGAUUCCGCUUGAAUAAUUUUCUAUUAAAUCCCAUUAAUGCUGGGAUUUCAAUUAAAAUGUACAGGAACAUGGGGCAAUCUCCACAGUAAGGUUUUCCUCUACUGUUUAGAACUAAGCAACCAAAUAGGGUUGCUAGUGAUUAUCCGAGGUUAGCUUGAUUUAUUGUAUGAAAAUGACCAUCUCGACCACCUGAGAAGUUCUAUCAUGAAACAAAUUUUUUAAAUAUCAAAGCAGUAAAUAAGCUUAUUUAGUUCUCUAGAAUAUAUGGCCACUUGCUUAAUAUUGGACUUGUUUAUUUUCUCCAGGUGAAGAAAAUAAUCCAGAAAAUUAUUUGCUUCAGGGACCCUUUUCACGCAAACCCAAAAGGAUAAGAACCGCUUUCUCUCCCUCCCAACUCCUGCGUCUCGAAGGAGCGUUUGAGAAGAACCACUAUGUGGUGGGAACAGAAAGGAAGCAACUUGCAAACAGUCUAUGUUUGACAGAAACUCAGGUAGGACACGUUCAACACAAGAAAAAUUCUGUUUUUAGGCGAUCAGUGACCUUAUCUCUAUAAAGACCAACAGUGUUGUUUUUGUGAAUCUAUGAGCAUUAUGAAUUAGGGGCAAUUCUUCAGUUUCCAUGGCAAUUGUUCCUCUGUAGAAAGGAAAAGGGUGCUUAGCGUCUAAUGUAUUUAUUAAAAAAAACUUAGAUUUUUCAAAAUUCUAUGUCAAUUUAAGGUCAGUACAGAUAACUGCAAAACAGUUUUUACAGCAUGUUAAAAAAUGUUUUCAUAAAAUAAUUAUCUUCUUGAUAUUGCUAUUAAAGGAACACUCCAAACACUUUAGUGGUUAUGGUGUCAGCAUUAUACACCAAGAAAAUAUAUAAAUAUGUUAGCUGUGGAAACGUUGGGGCUUUUGAGGACAAGUAUUACAUCAUGGCCACUUGGAAAAGGGACCAACAAUUGCUCUCAAGUAGAAAUUUGUUGCGCAUAAUAAAAAAGUGUAAUAUGUGACUUGAUAGGAAUUUUAAGUGAACCUGUAGAUAAUUUAAGGCCAAAGGAACCAACUUGAAAGCAUUCUCCAAUUCAGCUAUCAUUUAAAGGGUUACCUUCUGCUUUUUGAAGUGGUCAUGGUGGUAGGAGUCAAGAUGUGCAGUGUUUCAGUUUGAAACUCCGCACAUCCAGAGUUACUUUUAAUUGUGUGCCAAAGGGAAGUUGCACCACUUGCACAUGUGUCUCAGGCAGCUCUGAACUCUGUAUAGGGCUGCCUAAUGUCAAUUCCAUGCAUAAAUUACAUCUAUCGUCAACACGCACUGCACACUGGUGACAGAUGUAACUACUUCUCCCAUGCAGGCCGAGAGCCACCAAAAUCCCAUUUGCAUUUAAAAAAAAAAAUCCCUCCUUUCCCCCUUCCUUUGCGGGCUCAGAGCAUGCGCAUGCGCUCUGAACCACUCAAAUCCUCCAAUCAAAGGCUUCUCUAUGAGAACUGUGCCAAGCAGCGCCUGGGAGCUUUGCCCAGCACUGAGUUAAGAUAAGUAAAAAACAAUCUUUGAGUGUUUUUGUAGGGGGACUCAUAGACUAACACCAAUAGUGCAUUAUUCUAUCUUCAAUGAAAAUGGGUUGGAGAAACCAUUCAAAAUUUAUUUUGGUCUAAAAUGGGAAAUUAAUUUACAUUCAUACUUCAAUGAAUAGCCCUAAAUGUGUCAAAAUUGCAGCCUUUUAAGGGUUCUGUCUUAAUUAGACUUCAGCGUCAUUACAGUGCUAUUCAAAAUGUGUUUUUAUGGAGUGUAAAGGGAGAGCUUAGCUGCUAUGCACAGUAACUGGCUGAGAUUGAUGGAAGAUAAUUUCAGCAGUAUGAAAAGUAUAUUUUAUUUAUAUAUAUAUAUACACACACACACACACACACACACACACACACAUACAGCGAACCUCUCUCUAGUAGGGGUUAUGUAUAAAAUAAAUAUAUGGGGCAAUAAUCAAAGAAACCAAUGGAAUUUAUGUCACUAGCUCUGAGAACUUUAUUCUCAAUAAAUCAUUCCCUAAAUGUUCAAGAGAAAAAAAAUAUAAAUCUGUAGCCGAAAUUUAAGAUACUUCUGAUUCCACUCUAUUUCCUCUUGCAGAUGUUUUUAACUUAAUGAAUCACUGUUUUCUCCAAAUUUAGAAGCCUUUUAAUCUAGUAACCAAUAAUACAAUCAGGGCAGAAAUGAGCUUUAAAACCUGUUUUCACAGCUUCGACUUGCUGGAUAAGAAGUUGUGAUUAAUUCCUAGUACUUUACAUUUGACUGCAAAACAUAGAAGAUAUAUAUAGCUGAAAUCUUGCGCUUUUUGGAAAAGUACAUCAAAUAAGCAUCAAAUUUAUUCAAUGUUGAUAUAUCUGGGUACACGAUUUUACACAGUGAUGUAUAGGUCUUAAUAUUUAUGGAAAUAGAAUGUGUUUAAUGCUGUUCAUUAGUGGAAGAGAGGAAUAAUUUCUAAAUGUUGGUAAGGUAAAGUAGAUUAAAUAGAUGGAUGGAGAUAUUCCUCAAGCCAAUGGUGUUGAAUCAGAUGUCUAAUAAAGGCAAAUUAACAGGUCAUAAUUUAUUCAAUAACGCAGCCUACUUGAUCAUCAAUUUAUUUUUACUUUUAUCAUCACAAUAUUUAAUUGUUUUUGAAAGUCUUUAUUAAUGAAACAUUCAAUUACAACGUGGAAACAUUACGUUAAGUAUAAGAAGAGUUUAGGAGUAAGAGCCUGUAAUAAGCGUACUCCGAUAGAGUAAUUACACAAAAAGAGAAUUGCGUUUUUAUUUACAUAGCUAGAGAUGUAACUGUUGUACAUGAUAGAUAUGGCGAAGAACGUUGCCUUGAUCCGUACAGUAUGACUUAGACCAUAGUCGUCAUAAUACUUUGAUCAGGAUAAUUCCCAUCCUAUUGUCAGAGUAUCUGAUAUACUUUUCACAGGGCUGCUUUCAUAGAAAAUUGCAAUUUUUCAGGAAGAAUUCUCAUCACUGCUACCAGCCAUUGAUCAGGAAUAGAAACAUAGAAACAUAGAAAUAUAGAAUGUGACGGCAGAUAAGAACCAUUCGGCCCAUCUAGUCUUCCCAAUUUUCUAAAUACUUUCAUUAGUCCCUGGCCUUAUCGUAUAGUUAGGAUAGCCUUAUGCCUAUCCCACGCAUGCUUAAACUCCUUUACUGUGUUAACCUCUACCACUUCAGUUGGAAUUCUAUUCCAUACAUCCACUACCCUCUCAGUAAAGUAAUACUUCCUGAUAUUUUUAAACCUUUGCCCCUCUAAUUUAAGACUAUGUCCUCUUGUUGUGGUAGUUUUCCUUCUUUUAAAUAUAGUCUCCUCCUUUACUGUGUUGAUUCCCUUUAUGUAUUUAAAUGUUUCUAUCAUAUUCCCCCUGUCUCGUCUUUCCUCUAAGCUAUACAUAUUAAGAUCCUUUAACCUUUCCUUGUAAGUUUUAUCCCGCAAUCCAUGAACCAGUUUAGUAGCCCUUCUCUGAACUCUCUCUAAAGUAUCAAUAUGUUUCUGUAGAUAUGGUCUCCAGUACUGCGUACAAUACUCCAAAUGAGGUCUCACCAGUGUUCUGUACAAUGGCAUGACCACUUCCCUAUUUCUACUGCUAAUACCUCUCCCUAUACAACCAAGCAUUCUGAGGAAGCAAUACUGCCAACCAAGCAAUACUGCCAACCUAUUGACAGGACAAUUGUUGUAUUGCAUAACUAUUGUUAAGAAAAUUUCCACGGAGGAUAACCUAUACAUAUUAUUCCUCUCUCGUCAGUUAUUAAGCAAAUCUGCCAUAAUGGUAAUUGGGAUAGGACCCCUCAUAUGCAAUAUGUUGUAUUGUUUUUUUUCUUGUUACUGCUAUGAGUAAUGGAAUGUUCCUUUUUUAUUAGCUAUUUGUUCAGGGAUUUAUGGAUAACUGUGUUCAAACAAGUUACUAUUCUUAUUAAAGACUAGUAUAUAAUGGGUGAGGAGGGAUAUAUAAAGUGAUAAUUGUUCCACGGGAGGGGUUACACGGGGAGAAGAUCCUUUAAUUAUCAUUUGCCAGUUAAGGUAUGACUAUUUACAAAUUGGAGCUUGUAUAUGGUCAUAUUGUCUUUUAUCCCUUCAUGUCUAGAUCGUUAUACGGGGGUAUGAGCAAUAAGAUAAUAAAAUAAUAUAUUGCUGUUGGAUGUUACUUUGACAUAUUUAGUGAAAUAUAUGUGUGUUGCUAUGAUGUCAAUAAAGAUUUUCAAAAGAACAACCAAAUCUGCCAUUACCAUCUGGUAUCCUUCAAGUUUUAUACUAACCGGAGACAUGAUGGUCAAGGGUUCUCUACCUACUACUUACCUACUGUUCAUACAAUGAAGUAUGCUUAUUUUCCUGGCUAUUUGAUAAAAUAAAUAAUCAUGCUUUCUAUUGUUUCAUGCAGCUUCGCUACUGGUAGAUUGAUUUUUUUUUAUUCUAAAUUCUAAAUAUUUGUAAUGUUCAUACUAAAGUAGAAAUUUGACAAGAGAGGAAAUUUGCUUUUAAAUUAAAGAUUUUAAUUCUUUUUUUAUUUUUUAUUUAAUUUUCAACAGGUAAAAGUUUGGUUUCAGAACCGAAGAACGAAACACAAGCGUCAAAAGCUAGAAGAGGAGUGUCCCGAGUCUCAGCAAAAAAGGAAAAGCAGCCAGCAUAUUAACAGAUGGAGAAUGGCGACAUGUCAGAACAGCUCUAAAGACAUUGACGUCACAUCCGAUGACUAGCAAUACCUAUUCAAAAACUAGGGCCUUACGCAUGCAGGCUGAUAUUCAUAUCACCUGAAAAGGUGCAUCAUGUCUGGACAGCUCUCUAUCAAAAUAAAGGAACAUUUGUUUAUAAGACCACUCCAAUGGCUUUAUUACAUUAUGACCUCGCGCUUAAGAUUUCCUCGUGGAUUAGCUAUGUUCUACAUAAAAAUGAACAUUCCAUGGAACUUCAGACUGUUUAACCCUUGCAAAUAGUUUCUACGAGUCUCAUUUCCAAGAGACCAGGUUGCAAUGUUGCAAAACGAUAACUGAUAGCAAUAAUUGUGUUCAUUGGGACUGGAUAUGCAGCUUGUAGCUCUGUAGCUAUCUUGAACUAUGACCUUUAAGAUCUUCUUUUAACUUUUCACACUAUGAACUGUGUCAGUGAUACAGUUAAUUUACUACCUUGAUGCAGAGUUUCAGGCCAGUGCAGCCAAGCAAGUACCUCAGGAAUACACAUUCCUUACAGUAUGCAGACAGCAUGUAAAUAUAUAUUUAACAUUAAAAAUGUGGCGUUUCAUGGGGACAAGUGCUUAUUAAACAUGUGAACUGUUGUUACUACUAUUAUUUUUUUAUUGUCAUUACUAUUGCUAUGGUUAUAAUACACCUACAUUGUAGUAAGCCUUGUUUGAGAGAGGAGUAUUUAUUUUUAUUAUUAAAG